UGUGCGCGCAUCCUUCCCGUGCUCCGCGGAUGACUGCGUCCCCAGCCAUCAAAGCGAUGUCCGCUUGCGACCAACAGCCUGAUUCUGUGGUGGACGUGAGCGACUUUUUCGGCAACGAGUUCGCGGUGGAGAGCGUGUUCGACUUCCUUGGCAUCGAGGAGCUCUUCGCAUGUGCCGAGCUGAACCGGCUGUGGCAGUCGGUCACACUGGCUCUGCUGAGGAAGAAACUGAUCUCCAUCUCCUUAUGCUGUUCGCCGAAAUCGGAGCAGCCGAGUCCGCAGCCAGUGCUGGAAAGGCAUCACGCAUGCGCAGAGAUCCUGCGUCCGAAGCUCGCUCACUACCGCAACAUCGAGCGCUUGGCCGGCAUGCGUCCAUCCCUUGUGUUCCUGUCCUAUCACGCCGACCUGAACGAGGACGGGAGGGGUAAGCUCGGGCUGAGCACAGGCCAGGAGGUCUCCGGGAAAAGCCAACAUGAAAUAUUGGACUGCGUGCGUGAGCUGCGGCCCCCGGACUCUGUCAUCGUGUGUUUCCAGCUGGAGUUCAUCCGACCCGCCGACGACUCCGAUGACGGCACGCACGAAGGCAUCUUCGGCGAGUUUCUUUUCCACGCCGAGCCAGCCGUGCGACCUGCGCCAACCGACGACGACCUGCAGCUGGACAGCUCUGUCCCAGGCCAGGCGCUGGGGCGUCGUUCCGAAGGCGAGCCGCCAGCCGUUCCGGUUGCUGCGGCCGCUGCCCCAGCCGGUGGAUCGCUGCCGGCGUUGCCUGCGGUCCAGCCACGUCCCCGCGUUCUAUCGACGGUCCGAGGCCGCGGCGCCGUCUUCCACAACGUGCUGCCCGGCGGGCUCCUGUACCAGGGUUUGCACGUGACUGAAGGCAGCCUGGAGGAGGACGUCGCCAACUCCUACUUCCCGGAAGAGGCCACCGGCAGGAUCAUACAGGAGGAGAAUGCGUCCAGGUCUACGCUGCAUACGACGCCAUUGUGGGUCCACUAAUAGUAGUUUAAGUGUGAAUAAAUAACGUGAUAAAUUAAUCUUUGUUUCGUUUGAAAGUGUACAA